UUCUAUUUAUACCUUCUUCACUCUUUCUUCCCUAUCACAAUUCACACCUCUCUCUCUCUCUCCUUCUCACUCUCAUCACAAGAUGAAGAACAUUGCAGCAUUGCUCCUACUCACCCUCUUUCUCACAUCCUACAUUGUUGACGCCGCAAUUGCAGAUUCAAGCGACUGCGAUGAAAAGUGUGGGGUGCGGUGCGCGCAGGCAAGUCUCAAAGACCGGUGCUUGAAGUACUGUGGAAUCUGCUGCGCGGAGUGCAAGUGCGUGCCCUCUGGAACCUACGGGAAUAAGGACGAGUGCCCUUGCUAUAGAGACAAGACCAACUCCAAGGGCAAACCUAAAUGCCCUUGAACAAAUUAAUAUUUGUAUAUACAUAUGUGUAUCAUAUUAUUUCAUUGUUGUUGUUUUUAUUAUGAUUAUGCAUGAUUUAAUGAAAUAAUUCAUUAAUUUGAGUUCUUACAAAUCUGAAGUAAGGGUUAUAUACUCCUAUAUAUGGAGUACUUUUUUCA